AUGGAUUAAACUGAAAAAAUAUCAUAGAUCAUAAAGAAUUAAUCUGAAUUUAUAGCUUGCAUUGUAAUAAAAGAAAAACAUAUAAAGUAAAAAAAGCAGAUAAUGUUGAAGUUAAACAAAAACUCAAAAAGAAUAGAUGAGUAAAAAAGAAUAAGAGAAAUUGUGACUUACAGUACAAUUUUCCAUAGAAACAUUCCAGGAUUUAUCAUUUAAGGUGGAGAUCCUACAGUAUUUUAUGAACAGGUAAAGGGGGGGGAAUGUAUUUAUGGAAAAUAUUUUGAGGAUGAAAUUGUUCCAGAAAUAAUACAUGAUAGAAGAGAAAUAGUUUCAAUGGCAAACGCAGGAAAGGAUAGCAACCAAUCAAAGUUUUACAUUACCUAUUCGAAAUAAAAUCACUUGAAUGGUCUCUAUACUGCAUUUUAUCAAGUAAUCUCUGGAUGGGAGGCUCUUGAUUUGAUGGAAAAGGAGACUGGGGAUAACAAUUACAAACCAUUGAAUGAGAUUAAAACAUUUAAGAAAGCCAUACAUACGAAUCCAAUAGCAGAAAUCGAAUAAUUUUGA